UCCCACCAUUCCUCUCUCUCUCUCUCUCUCUCUCUAGAUUCCUACUGCUGGCCAGUCAUUGCAUUGAAGUCCCAAUUACAAGAAAUUCAAAAUCCCCACACCUAGAAAACCCUAAAUCGCAAUCAACUCAACAAAUUCACGCGCAGAAUUCGAACAAGUGUAGUUGUUUUUUAUUCUAUAUACAGAAUUCUCCGUCACGUUUGUGCGGUGCCUUGUUCGCUAUUCUGUCCCAUACGCACCAACCACUACUUGUCCCAUUUUCUUGCGUGUCUCGCUAGCAAUCGCAAAUUUUCGACUCUGCCAAAGCUUAUUUAGGGAAGGUGGGGGCUGGGAUUUUCAAGGUUUUUCUGAAUUCUUCCUUUCCAAUUUCAGAAGCCUGCAGGUUUUCCUUUUUGUUGAUUCUAGUUGCUGCUGCAUUCACUUUCACAACAAUGUCAAGUUUGGAGGAGCCUCUUGGUCUUGACAAGCUUCCAGCUUUGAGCAAUAUUGACCAAAUUUAUAGGUUCUCAUCCAGUGCAUGCAGGCCUAUCCCAGAAGAUAUGGGAAUGGGAAACUGCUGGAUUGAAGGGAGAAAUUGCAGCUCAUCUAAUAGCUGCAACGAAGAUUUUGAAGAGUACAAACAAGAGCAUGUUACGCGGAGAAGACAAAAAAGAAACUCGUUCCAGAGGACUUCAAGUCUAGGUAGAGGUUCGGUGGCCUGUGGAAACAUGAGUGAGUUUCACUAUUUAUCCAAUCAUCAGUGUCCAUCCUGCUGUGACAAUGACACCGGGGAAUCAAAAUAUAUGCUUUUCAAGGGUGUACCAAAAUAUGUGAAGAUUGUUGAAGUUGGCCCCAGGGACGGGCUGCAAAAUGAGAAAACAGUUGUCCCAACAUCCGUCAAAAUCAAAUUGAUCCGCAAAUUAGUUUCGUCUGGAUUGGCAGUUGUUGAGGCUACAAGUUUUGUUUCGCCAAAGUGGGUACCUCAGCUGGCAGAUGCAAAGGAUGUGAUGGAAGCAAUUAAGAAUUUGGAAGGAGUUAGAUUGCCUGUUCUGACUCCCAAUCUUAAGGGCUUUGAAGCUGCUGUUGCAGCAGGUGCAAAAGAAGUAGCUGUAUUUGCAUCAGCUUCUGAGUCAUUCUCAAAAUCAAAUAUUAAUUGCAGUAUUGAAGAGAGCUUGGCUCGUUAUCGUGCUGUAACUUCUGCUGCCAAAAAGCUUUCAAUUCCUGUGCGUGGGUAUGUGUCUUGUGUUGUUGGCUGCCCAGUGGAGGGAUAUAUCUCUCCAUCAAAAGUUGCAUAUGUGGCAAAGGAACUUCAUAAUAUGGGCUGUUUUGAGAUCUCUCUUGGAGAUACAGUAGGAGUUGCUACACCAGGUACCGUACUUCCUAUGCUCGAAGCUGUGAUGGCUGUUGUCCCUGUAGAGAAACUUGCAGUUCAUUUCCAUGACACGUAUGGACAGUCUCUACCUAAUAUUCUGUUAUCCCUCCAAAUGGGAAUUAGCACGGUGGAUUCAUCCGUUUCUGGUCUAGGAGGAUGCCCCUAUGCCAAGGGGGCUUCGGGAAAUGUUGCGACUGAGGAUGUGGUGUACAUGCUUAAUGGUCUUGGUGUGAAGACCAAUGUUGACAUGGGCAAGCUCUUGUCAGCAGGCGAGUAUAUCAGCCAGUUUUUGGGGCGUCCAUCGGGCUCCAAGACGGCGAUUGCAAUCAGCCGCAGAGAUUCGAGAGAGGGCUGCUGAAUAAUAUAUUUAGUAGGGUAUAAAAUCAAAUGUAUACUACCAUUUAUAAGACAAGCUAUCCAAUUGUUUGAGACACUACUCUAGUAGUAUUCAAGAUUUUGAUAAGAAAUGAAUGGCAUGUAAUCGAGACCCAUCUCAUAAAUGUAGUGUUAUCAUUAAUAUUUAUCGAGAUGCCAAAGUUAUUCUGGUCU